UCAUGGCCGCCCCCACUUCCGGCCCAGGCCCCUUGGCAUCCCUGCUGCUUCUACUCCUGCUGGCUACCCCAACUUGGGUCGCAUUGAUCGGUCACCCACACGCUAAAAGCCAGGAAAAUUCAUUGAGCAGUGACGUGGCCUGUGGACAGCCAGUUCUGCAGGGCAAGAUCGCGGGUGGAAUGCCAGCCCCCUUUCAGAAAUGGCCGUGGCAGGUCAGCCUGCAUUACUCUGGCCUACACAUCUGCGGUGGCUCCAUCCUCAAUGCCUACUGGGUGCUGACAGCAGCACACUGCUUUAACAGGGAGAAGAGGAUUGAGACCUUUGACGUAUACGUGGGCAUCAACAAUCUCGACGUGGCCACCAGAUAUACCCAGUGGUUUGAGCUUAACCGGGUGAUCAUGCACCCCACCCAUGCAUUGUUUCACCCUGCUGGAGGGGACGUGGCCCUAGUGCAGCUGAAGAGCCCCAUCAUAUUCUCUGAUGCCGUGCUCCCAAUUUGCUUGCCACCUUCCAACCUGAACCUCAACAAUUUGUCUUGCUGGACUACUGGAUGGGGACUGGCUACCCAGGAAGGUGACAAUGUAAAACAGCUUCAGGAAGUCCAGUUACCACUGAUCCCCAAGUUCCAGUGCCAGCUGCUCUAUGGAUUUACAUCUUACUUCCUGCCAGAAAUGUUCUGUGCUGGGGACAUCAAGAAUGUGAAGAAUGUGUGUGAGGGUGACUCCGGCGGCCCACUGGUAUGUAAGCUGGACCAGACCUGGCUGCAGAUUGGAAUAGUGAGCUGGGGCCGCGGAUGCAUCAACCCCCUGUACCCAGGGGUGUAUGCCAAUGUCUCCUAUUUCUUGAAUUGGAUCCGUUAUCACGUGGAGAACACACCCACUCCUCCUCAGCUGCAUCCCUCCUUCUCUUCAUCACCAAGAGCCAUCCAUAGCAUGUUUGUGAACAUGCUGGCCAGCCUGUUAGUGUUGUGAGGACUGAGACACCCACCCGUGGGGGCUGCCUCAUAACCAGAUCCUGUCCUCUGUAACUCUCCAACCCCUCCCCGAUGCACCUUGUGCCCUGAAGCCUGGACACUUGUCCCAGACUCUAAGUCUGUAAAAGGCUGAGCAGAAGUAAUGGAAAGGGUCAGAGAUGGACCAGGAGCGGGAGUUGGGGGACAGCUGGGGUGAG